ACCAAUGGUGGUAUAACUGCCAACGGGGAGAACGUCAGCCCACGAGACGGGAAUCAGAGCCGAUCGACGAUUGCGCUAAACGAAGUUACCAGUUCUCGCAAGCUGAUGCCUCAAGUAUCACCUAUAGAAAAACAUUCAGUCGCAGAAUCAUCGAGACCACCCAUCGAACUUCACUUCCCACCGAGGUUUACAAUCAGUGAAGAACAACUAGCGACGACACAACUCGAUACAAUCUCCAGUGAUCUAGAAGAAGAUUUUGAGCUCGAUUGGGAGACUGGAAGUGAUUCAGAUAUGGACUUCCAUACGAAUUCUUCCACUCCCGACAGUUGGUCAGAGGUGUCGAGUUCACCUCCUGCUCGCUCCAUGCUCAGAAGCAUGACCUCUAUCCCAAUCGCUGUUCCCCGAACUCCUACCCGUUCACGCACCUUGCCCGUCUCUGGCACACCUAUGGCCACUUCCGCCUGCCAAACCCACGUACCGAGCUUGUACUAUGAAAGGCUACAAGCAACCUUAGCUCUUCAAAUUCACAAGGAUAUAUAUAUUUUCCCUUCUUUGGAAAACUUCUGCGAUCACUUCGUCGUUUUCCAGUGGUGGUAUCCUUCCUUUCUCCACCUUGCCUUUAGAUUCAACAGUCUUGCAUUCCAGUUCUAUUAUGUGGAUAUUCC